AUGGCGACAAGAGAGUACAAGUGCGGCGUCCUCGGUGCGACGGGCUCCGUUGGUCAACGCUUUAUCCUGCUACUACAAGAUCAUCCCUUCCUAAAGCUCGUCGCUGUCGGUGCCUCUUCGCAAUCGGCUGGCAAGAAGUACCGCGAUGCCGUCAAGUGGAAGCAGUCAAAGCCCAUGGGGCCGGUGGGAGAUCUGGUGGUCAAGACAUGCGUAUCAGGGGAAUUUAAAGAUUGCGAUAUUGUCUUCAGUGGACUGGAUGCCAGCAUAGCUGGUGAAACAGGCUUUAUUGCUGACCAAAUCUGUCAUGCAGAAAUGGACUUCCUCAAGGCCGAUAUUGCCGUCUUCUCCAACGCAAAGAACUACCGUCGCGACCCGAUCGUGCCCUUGGUCGUGCCCACCGUCAACCUCAACCACCUGGCCAUGAUCCCACACCAGCGCAAGCAUCACCAGCUGCAGAAGGGUUUCCUCGUCUGCAAUAGCAACUGCGCCGUCAUCGGGCUCGUCAUCCCCUUCGCCGCGAUGCAGCGCGUCUUCGGCGCCAUCGACACCGUCUCCGUCGUCACUAUGCAGGCCGUGUCCGGCGGUGGCUUUUCUGGCGUCAGCAGCAUGGACAUCAUCGACAACGUCGUCCCCUUCAUAUCCGGCGAGGAGGACAAGCUCGAGACGGAGGCGCAGAAGAUCCUGGGCGGCAUCAACGCCGAGGCCACCGCCUUCGAGGAGCUCAAGAGCAUGCGCGUCAGCGCCGCCUGCAACCGCGUGCCCGUCCUCGACGGCCACACGGCCUGCGUGUCGCUGCGCUUCGCCAAGCGGCCGCCCCCCAGCGCCGAGCAGGUCAAGGAGGCGAUGAGGAACUACGUCAGCGACGUGGAAAAGCUGGGCUGUCCGUCGGCGCCGCAGCCCAGCAUCCUAGUGUUCGACGAGCCGGACAGGCCGCAGCCUAGGCUGGACAGGGAGCUGUCGAGGGGAUACACGGUGAGCGUGGGCCGGGUGAGAGAGGACGAGAGCGGAAUCUUUGACAUCAAGUUCGUGGCUCUGAGCCAUAACACCGUGAUUGGAGCUGCUGGCUCCUCGAUAUUGAACGCCGAAGCGGCCGUUCUACAGAAGUUCAUCUAA